CAAAAACAAAACAAAACGUGAGCGUAAAUACAACAAUAGUUGCUGUGCCUGCAUAUGAAAGCUGCUUUUAGUUUUUUAUGGUGGGAAGUAGGCUACUGAAUAUCAUUGAUUUGCUUCAUUUGAAGGAGAAUGAAAAGUGGCCGUUAAUAAAAUGACCGUUAGCUGCGCGUUAGCUGUUUUGUAAAUGAACGUUAUUUAUCUGAUUCAAAUGCAACUGAAACUUGCGCUUAAAUCAAUUACUAACGCCACGUCUGUCAGUCUUGUCUGCACUGCAGUCACGUUAGGUCACGUUCGGUCAGUCUAACCGCUCGUCUUCCCAGGGUGUUGCACCGAAAAUUGAUACCCCUCUUAAUCUAUUCCCCCUAAGGACUUUAAAAGUUUGAUUACGACUUUAUUUCAAGCAAAAAUAAGCAUCUUAACAGUGAAAGUGUUCACUCUUCUCAGAUGGAAGUCAAGCUGAUUUUGCAGUAAUUGGCUUUAACACCGCUAACGCUUCCUCAUCGGUAAUUUGAGAGCAGAAUCAGGAACGGAGACACAUUUUUUCAUAACACCCACCAGUCUUCUGCUCAGUCUAGUACAUGAAAGUUAACGUUAGCUCAUUUAAACUCUUGUAUAGGCUUAACUGUAACAGCGACACAUUAAAUCUGUUCUGUGAUUAACUUAACGCAAACGGUAUUUACUCUGAAAGAUGGCCGCUUUUCUUCCGUUGUAACCCCGGGCUGCGAGACGUUAUUAACGCUGACUAUGGGAGACGUUGCAAAGGGAAAGAAGACUUUUGUCCAGAAGUGUGCUCAGUGCCACACAGUAGAGAACGGGGGCAAGCACAAGGUGGGCCCCAACCUCUGGGGUCUGUUCGGACGUAAGACCGGGCAGGCGGAGGGCUACUCGUACACGGACGCCAACAAGAGCAAAGGUAUCGUGUGGAACGACAACACCUUGAUGGAGUACCUGGAGAACCCCAAGAAGUACAUUCCUGGAACCAAAAUGAUCUUCGCCGGCAUCAAGAAGAAGGGAGAGCGCCAAGACCUCGUCGCAUACCUUAAAUCAGCAACAUCAUGAAGUUGACAUAAAUAUCAGAAUAUUUAAUGUCAUUUUAUUGUGUUUUUUUUGUUUAUGUUUAGGCUUGCACUUGCUAAUUAUAUGAUUUUAUGUUUAGACAUUUGUACGAAGGUUAAUUUAUGUCGUCCGGAGGUUUGAAAAAUGGUACUUCUUGUGAGCUGUUCACAGAAAGCUCCGCUUUCUUUUAAAGGUCAAGGUGCGAGCAAACGUACAAGUGGCCAAACAUAAAACUACAGUCAUCAUCUUUUUUUUGUUUGUUUCUGUUUUUUGACUCAAAUAAGGAAAAAAACAAAACAAAAAAAACUAAUCACAUUAUUUAAAAAUGCUAGCUUCGAUAGGUUGCCUGACCUGUCACUCAUUCUGUUUUCCAUGACAACACGUGUCUGGCACUUUCUACUAGCCGGACCAUCCACCAUCAACCUCAUUUUUAACUAUAACUAAAAAAAAAGUGGUCUAAUACCCAUGAAAUCAGUGAAACAGGGUGGAAAUCUUGAGAUUUUUUGGUGGUUAACUGGUACUGACACUGAAUAAGCCCUCAGUUUUCAUCCUAACUGGAGUUUCUGAGCUGUUUUUAGGAGUAGCACAUGAGCACAGAGUGAAUUUUCAGCACUGCUCUUCAAGAUUACCACAGAUCUUUUCUCUCCUGUCUAUCCUUAUAUCUUACCAGUCAGAAACUACAAUUUUCCAUGAAUGCUUUGGGAAUUUAGGUGCAGACUGAACAUUUUGUCCUCUUAAACUUCUGGAUAAAACCUCUUGUUGCGUUCCAGAUCUCCUGACGGAGCCUUAUCUGUCAGAUUACUGAAGCAGCCCCUCUAUGCUCCUCUUUUUACUCCCCUGCUAGUCAUCAGACUCUAUAUUGAGUUUUUUAAAAAGUUGUGCUAAGAGUGAAACACUGUUAUCUGCCUCCUUUUAUAGCUACAGGGUAUAAAUAUGUACCAAUGCCUUGAAAAACACCACCAUGCUGAGAUCCCAGCUGGCAUCCAAUCGCCAAUGCUGAACAAUGUUCUAGAGGUAUUGAUCUUAUAGAAAAAACUUAUCAAUCGCACCACCUGGGGUGAAGGAAGAUUUUGUUAUUUACCUGGUUUCACAGGCCUGAAAGAGUAUGUUUUAACUUAUUUUACUGUAAUCCGACAUAGUGAAGCUGUAAAAUAUUGUCACGGGGCUGCUUUGCUGUCAGUAUAGGCGCAGCAAUAUACUGUAUGCACAUAAAUUAUAAUAUAAUGUGGUAGCUAUGUUGUGUGGUUGUGGACAGGAUGGUUGAAGGAUCAAUAAAAAGAAAACGUCCAGAAAUGUAAA